AUGGUCGGCGUCCGCACAGGCAGAUUCAGAUUGAUUUAUUUCACAAUUGGGUGGAAUUUGAACUUUGAACUUCAAGGAGUGGAGGCCAGGAGCAGUAGGGAUGGGUGGGGGGGGGAGUAGCUGGGGGGCUGCCUACACACGGGAGAUCGGCGGGUUCCGGGCGGUGCCAAGAAGCAGGAAGGAAGCGGAGGCGCAGAGGGACCCUGCGCGGGCUGGAAAAGCCCCGGCGGGGAUCUCUGUCUCCGCUCAGCCGCUUCCUGCGGGGCAGGGCCGGGGCAGCAGCCAGGGGCUGGUACCCAAGGGUUAUGUAACGGCGCCAGCCGCUCCCGGAGACCCCUAGCUGGGGCGCUCCGGAGCCUGCACUCCAGGGAGCCCGAGGGCUGUGCCGGGGGCAGCCCGGCAGGAGCCCAGGGGAAGGGAUCCCGUGCGGGGACAGGGCACGGCCAGAUCCCAAGAACGGGGGCCCGGGCGGCCUAUGGAGAGGGGAGUGGGGUGGGCUGACCCCGCCGAGAGGCACCUGCCUGCGCAGCCCCCCUCCGGUCCCAGCCCCCCACCCAGCUGCCUGGGCGCAGCCCCCACCCCCAC